AUCAGUUGCUGGCGUGCCGUCAAACCCUGCGGAUGUGUGCCGAAUCGAGGCGGAUACUUCGACUUCGACUUCGACUCCGACUUUGACUCUUAGGAUAGUGCGCGAUCGUUCGACCUAAUAUAUCCUGCGGCAAUGAGCAGGCGCAAAGUGCCGAGUGGAUUCUGAUUUCAAGUGACAACUCUGUGCCAGAUAAUUAAAACUCAAGUGGUGCUCCACUCAAGUGCUAGCCACUCUGCGGGGACAAGGAACGACACAGAACGAUACAAAAUAAAUAGAUAUAUAUAUAUAUAUAUAUAUAUAUAUAUAUAUAUAUUCGAGUGGGUGAGAAACGCGAAAAGUGAGGCGACGCUUAUUGUGCUGUCCUGCCAGCAAGGAGCCACAAAAUGGAUUUAUCGAGGCGGUUGUGCUCAACUGCCUUGGUAGCAUUCAUUGUUCUGGCCAGCAUUCAUGAUUCCCAGAGCAGAUUCCCUGGACUCAGACAAAAAAGACAAUAUGGGGCGAACAUGUACUUGCCGGAGAGCUCGGUGACGCCCGGCGGCGAGGGUAACGAUCCCGAUGAGUGGACACCUUGGAGCUCACCCUCGGACUGUUCCAGGACCUGCGGCGGUGGAGUGUCCUACCAGACUCGGGAGUGCCUGCGAAGAGAUGAUCGUGGCGAGGCAGUCUGCAGUGGAGGCAGUCGCCGUUACUUCUCCUGCAACACCCAAGACUGUCCGGAGGAAGAAUCCGACUUCCGGGCGCAGCAGUGCUCCCGCUUCGACAGGCAGCAGUUUGAUGGAGUCUUCUACGAGUGGGUGCCGUACACGAAUGCACCCAAUCCCUGCGAGCUGAACUGUAUGCCCAAGGGCGAGCGGUUCUACUACCGUCAGCGGGAGAAGGUGGUGGACGGAACCCGCUGCAACGACAAGGACCUCGACGUGUGCGUAAACGGGGAGUGCAUGCCGGUGGGCUGCGACAUGAUGCUGGGUAGCGAUGCCAAGGAGGACAAGUGCCGAAAGUGUGGUGGUGAUGGCAGCACCUGCAAGACCAUUCGCAACACCAUCACCACGAAGGAUCUGGCUCCUGGAUACAAUGACUUGCUGCUCCUUCCAGAGGGAGCCACUAACAUUCGUAUCGAGGAGACUGUGCCCUCCAGCAAUUACCUGGCCUGCCGGAACCACAGUGGACACUACUACCUGAACGGCGAUUGGCGCAUCGACUUCCCACGCCCCAUGUUCUUCGCGAACUCGUGGUGGAACUACCAACGAAAGCCAAUGGGCUUCGCCGCUCCCGACCAACUGACCUGCAGCGGUCCCAUCUCGGAGAGCCUCUUCAUAGUUAUGUUGGUGCAGGAGAAGAACAUCAGCCUCGACUACGAGUACAGCAUUCCGGAGAGCCUUAGUCACUCGCAGCAGGAUACGCACACAUGGACGCAUCACCAGUUCAAUGCCUGCAGUGCUUCCUGCGGCGGUGGCUCUCAGAGUCGAAAGGUCACAUGCAACAAUCGCAUCACCUUGGCGGAAGUCAAUCCAUCGCUGUGCGACCAAAAGUCCAAGCCAGUGGAGGAACAGGCUUGCGGCACGGAACCGUGUGCACCACACUGGGUUGAGGGAGAGUGGUCCAAGUGCUCUAAGGGCUGCGGGUCCGAUGGCUUCCAAAACAGGAGCAUCACCUGCGAGCGAAUCUCCUCUUCGGGCGAGCAUACAGUUGAAGAAGAUGCCGUUUGCCUAAAGGAGGUGGGCAACAAGCCGGCCACCAAACAGGAGUGCAACCGCGAUGUAAAGAACUGCCCCAAGUAUCAUUUAGGACCUUGGACGCCGUGUGAUAAGCUUUGCGGCGACGGAAAGCAGACACGAAAGGUGACCUGCUUCAUCGAGGAGAACGGACACAAACGAGUCCUGCCCGAAGAAGAUUGCGUGGAGGAGAAGCCAGAGACGGAGAAGUCCUGCCUCUUAACGCCUUGUGAGGGCGUUGACUGGAUAAUCUCCCAAUGGAGCGGCUGCAAUGCGUGUGGUCAGAAUACCGAAACACGUACCGCCAUCUGUGGCAACAAGGAAGGUAAGGUGUAUCCGGAGGAAUUCUGUGAACCAGAGGUACCCACUCUAUCCCGGCCGUGCAAAUCCCCCAAGUGCGAGGCGCAAUGGUUCUCCUCGGAGUGGAGCAAGUGCUCUGCUCCUUGCGGAAAAGGUGUCAAAUCUCGCAUUGUCAUUUGCGGGGAGUUCGAUGGCAAGACGGUAACUCCAGCAGAUGAUGACUCUAAGUGCAACAAAGAAACGAAACCGGAAUCAGAACAGGAUUGUGAGGGCGAGGAGAAGGUUUGCCCCGGCGAAUGGUUCACUGGACCUUGGGGCAAGUGCAGCAAGCCUUGUGGUGGGGGUGAGCGAGUCCGUGAGGUCCUGUGUCUUUCCAAUGGAACCAAGUCAGUCAACUGCGAUGAAGAAAAGGUCGAACCUCUAUCUGAAAAGUGUAACUCUGAAGCCUGCACUGAGGAUGAGAUUUUACCUUUGACCAGUACUGAUAAGCCCAUCGAGGAUGACGAGGAGGAUUGCGAUGAAGAUGGUAUUGAGUUGAUCAGCGAUGGGUUGUCAGACGAUGAAAAGAGCGAAGAUGUGAUCGACUUGGAGGGAACUGCAAAGACGGAAACUACGCCCGAGGCCGAAGAUCUUAUGCAAAGUGACAGCCCGACACCCUAUGAUGAGUUUGAAUCGACUGGUACCACAUUUGAGGGAUCGGGAUAUGAUUCAGAAUCAACCACCGACAGCGGCAUUUCCACAGAAGGAAGCGGUGAUGACGAAGAAACGUCUGAGGCUUCCACUGAUUUGUCUAGCUCCACGGAUUCCGGUUCCACCUCCAGUGACUCUACUUCCAGCGACUCAAGCUCCAGUAUUUCCAGCGAUGCAACUUCUGAAGCACCGGCAUCCUCAGUUUCUGAUUCAAGCGAUUCCACAGAUGCAUCCACAGAAACCACAGGAGUUUCUGAUGACUCCACUGAUGUCUCGAGCUCAACAGAAGCCUCCGCCUCGGAGUCGACCGAUGUCUCAGGCGCAUCAGAUUCCACGGGCUCCACCAAUGCUUCCGACUCAACUCCUGAAAGCUCCACGGAAGCCUCAAGUUCCACAGAUGACUCCACGGACUCUUCGGACAAUUCUUCGAACGUUAGUGAGUCAUCAACAGAGGCUUCUUCCUCAUCCGUAUCUGAUUCUAAUGACAGUUCUGAUGGAUCCACCGAUGGCGUAUCCAGCACAACUGAGAAUUCAUCAGACAGUACUUCUGAUGCCACUUCCGACUCAACAGCAUCUUCAGAUUCUACGGACUCUACUUCCGAUCAGACAACUGAAACUACCCCUGAAUCAUCGACUGAUUCAACAGAAUCGUCUACCCUGGACGCAUCCUCAACAACAGAUGCCUCAUCGACUAGCGAGUCUUCAUCGGAAAGCUCAACAGAUGGAUCUUCAACUACAUCCAACUCGGCAUCAAGCGAAACCACCGGGCUGUCCAGUGAUGGAUCAACCACAGAUGCAACUACAGCUGCUUCUGACAACACUGACAUCACCACUGAUGGCUCAACUGAUGAAUCCACUGAUGGUUCCUCUAAUGCCUCUACUGAGGGCUCUACUGAAGGCGCAAGCGAGGACACCACAAUCUCCACGGAGUCCUCCGGAUCAACCGAAAGCACCGACGCCAUCGCCAGUGAUGGUUCGACCACCGAGGGAAGUACCGUCGAGGACCUGUCCAGUUCCACAAGCUCUGAUGUUACAUCUGAUUCUACCAUCACCGACUCCUCACCUUCCACUGAAGUAUCUGGUUCCACAGACUCAUCCUCUUCCACAGAUGGUUCCUCAACAGAUGCUUCCUCCACUGAGGCUUCCUCUACCGAUGUCACUGAAUCUACAGAUAGUACUGUUAGUGGAGGUACCAGCGACACUACGGAAAGCGGUCCAACGGAGGAAAGUACUACCGAAGGCUCCACUGAAAGCACAACCGAAGGAUCCACAGACAGCACCCAAUCCACCGAUCUGGACAGCACCACCAGUGAUAUCUGGAGCACCAGUGAUAAGGAUGACGAAUCGGAGAGCAGUACUCCUUACUCCUUUGAUUCUGAAGUUACCAAGAGCAAGCCCCGUAAAUGUAAGCCUAAGAAGAGUACCUGCGCCAAAUCCGAGUACGGUUGCUGUCCGGAUGGUAAGUCCACUCCGAAGGGACCGUUUGACGAGGGCUGUCCCAUUGCAAAGACCUGUGCGGAUACAAAGUACGGUUGUUGCUUGGACGGAGUGUCUCCGGCUAAGGGCAAGAAUAACAAGGGUUGUCCCAAGUCCCAGUGCGCUGAGACUCUCUUUGGCUGCUGUCCCGAUAAAUUCACCGCCGCCGAUGGUGAGAAUGAUGAGGGAUGUCCAGAGACCACUACUGUACCACCUACGACUACCACAGAGGAGACACAGCCAGAGACUACUACUGAGAUCGAAGGAUCAGGUCAAGACUCGACGACUUCUGAGCCAGACACCAAGAAGUCCUGCUCCUUCUCCGAAUUUGGUUGCUGUCCCGAUGCGGAAACAUCCGCCAAGGGCCCUGACUUCGAGGGAUGUGGUCUUGCGUCACCGGUUGCCAAGGGCUGCGCAGAGUCUGAGAACGGUUGCUGUCCGGAUGGACAAACACCUGCAAGCGGUCCGAAUGGCGAAGGUUGCUCUGGAUGCACACGUGAGCGCUUUGGAUGUUGUCCGGACUCCCAAACCCCGGCCCAUGGUCCCAACAAGGAGGGCUGCUGCUUGGACACUCAGUUUGGCUGCUGCCCCGACAACAUCUUGGCCGCGCGUGGACCCAACAACGAGGGCUGCGAAUGCCACUACACUCCGUAUGGCUGCUGCCCGGACAAUAAGUCGGCCGCAACUGGCUACAACCAGGAGGGAUGCGCCUGCGAGACGACCCAGUAUGGCUGCUGUCCCGACAAGAUCACUGCCGCCAAGGGACCCAAGCACGAGGGCUGCCCUUGCGAGACCACCCAGUUCGGAUGCUGUCCAGAUGGGCUCACCUUCGCCAAGGGACCGCACCACCACGGAUGCCACUGCACUCAGACGGAGUUCAAGUGCUGCGACGACGAGAAGACCCCGGCCAAGGGCCCCAACGGCGAUGGCUGCACGUGUGUGGAGAGCAAGUUCGGUUGCUGUCCCGAUGGAGUCACCAAGGCGACGGACGAGAAGUUCGGUGGAUGCGAGAAUGUCCAGGAGCCACCGCAAAAGGCCUGCGGCCUGCCCAAGGAGACGGGCACCUGCAAUAACUACAGCGUCAAGUACUACUUCGACACCUCCUACGGAGGAUGCGCUCGCUUUUGGUACGGUGGCUGCGAUGGCAACGACAACCGCUUUGAGAGCGAGGCCGAGUGCAAGGACACCUGCCAGGAUUACACCGGCAAGCACGUAUGCCUGCUGCCCAAGAGCGCAGGUCCCUGCACUGGCUUCACCAAGAAAUGGUACUUCGAUGUCGACCGCAACCGGUGCGAGGAGUUCCAGUACGGCGGAUGCUACGGUACCAAUAAUCGCUUCGAUAGCUUGGAACAGUGCCAGGGCACUUGUGCUGCCAGUGAAAAUCUGCCUACCUGUGAACAACCUGUGGAGAGCGGACCAUGUGCCGGAAACUUCGAGCGUUGGUACUACGACAACGAGACGGACAUCUGCCGACCCUUCACCUAUGGUGGAUGCAAGGGCAACAAGAACAACUAUCCCACGGAACAUGCCUGCAACUACAACUGCCGCCAGCCCGGCGUGCUUAAAGACCGCUGUGCGCUCCCUAAGCAAACUGGUGAUUGCAGUGAAAAACUGGCCAAGUGGCACUUCUCCGAGAGUGAGAAGCGCUGCGUGCCCUUCUACUACAGCGGUUGUGGUGGCAACAAGAACAACUUCCCGACCCUGGAGUCCUGCGAGGACCACUGCCCACGCCAAGUUGCUAAGGACAUCUGUGAGAUUCCGGCCGAGGUGGGCGAGUGUGCCAACUACGUUACCAGCUGGUACUACGACACUCAGGAUCAGGCCUGUCGCCAGUUCUACUACGGCGGCUGUGGGGGCAAUGAGAACCGCUUCCCCACCGAGGAGUCCUGUUUGGCGCGUUGCGACCGCAAGCCCGAACCCACAACCACCACCCCCGCCACCAGGCCACAACCCAGUAGGCAGGACGUCUGUGACGAGGAACCCGCUCCAGGAGAAUGUAGUACCUGGGUCCUCAAGUGGCACUUCGAUCGGAAGAUUGGGGCUUGCCGUCAGUUCUACUAUGGCAACUGUGGCGGCAAUGGCAAUCGCUUCGAGACAGAGAACGAUUGUCAGCAGCGUUGUCUUAGCCAAGAGCCUCCUGCCCCGACUCCUCCACGAGCACCUGCUCCAACCAGGCAGCCAGAUCCGGCUCCUACUGUCGCUCAAUGCAGUCAGCCUGCUGAUCCAGGACAGUGCGACAAAUGGGCGCUCCACUGGAACUACAACGAGACCGAGGGUCGCUGUCAGUCGUUCUACUACGGCGGCUGUGGCGGCAAUGAUAACCGCUUUGCCACCGAGGAGGAGUGCUCUGCUCGCUGCUCUGUCAACAUAGACAUCCGCAUUGGUGCCGAUCCCGUGGAGCACGACACGUCCAAGUGCUUCUUGGCCUUCGAACCGGGUAACUGCUACAACAACGUGACCCGCUGGUUCUACAACAGCGCGGAGGGACUCUGCGACGAGUUCGUCUACACGGGCUGCGGCGGUAAUGCCAACAACUAUGCCACCGAGGAGGAGUGCCAGAACGAGUGCAACGACGCCCAGACCACAUGUGCACUGCCUCCGGUCCGUGGACGAUGCAGUGACCUCUCCCGGCGCUGGUACUUCGAUGAGCGCAGCGGAGAAUGCCACGAGUUCGAGUUCACUGGAUGCCGCGGUAAUCGAAACAACUUCGUGUCGCAGAGCGAUUGCCUAAACUUCUGCAUUGGGGAGCCUGUAGUGGAGCCUUCAGCGCCGACCUAUUCGGUGUGCGCCGAGCCUCCGGAGGCCGGCGAAUGCGACAACCGUACCACCGCGUGGUUCUACGACAGCGAGAACAUGGCCUGCACGGCCUUCACCUACACGGGAUGCGGAGGCAAUGGAAACCGCUUCGAGACCCGCGACCAGUGCGAACGGCAGUGCGGCGAGUUCAAGGGAGUGGACGUUUGCAAUGAACCGGUGACCACGGGUCCGUGCACCGACUGGCAGACGAAGUACUACUUCAACACAGCGAGCCAGGCUUGCGAACCGUUCACCUAUGGUGGAUGUGAUGGCACCGGCAACCGUUUCAGCGAUUUGUUCGAGUGCCAGACUGUUUGUCUGGCUGGUCGUGAACCGAGAGUGGGCUCGGCUAAAGAAAUCUGCCUGCUGCCGGUGGCGACGGGCCGCUGCAAUGGACCUUCGGUGCACGAGCGCCGUUGGUACUACGACGACGAAGCAGGAAACUGUGUGUCCUUCAUAUACGCCGGCUGCUCCGGCAACCAGAACAACUUCCGAUCCUUCGAGGCAUGCACGAACCAAUGCCGACCGGAACCCAACAAGCAGGACAACGAAAUUGGACAAAAUCCGUGCGAUACCUUCGAUGCGGAGUGCCAGGAGCUCCGCUGUCCAUACGGCGUUCGCCGUGUGGCCGCCAGGUCCCAGCCAGAGUGCACGCAGUGCAUCUGCGAGAAUCCGUGCGAGGGCUACAGUUGCCCGGAGGGCCAACAGUGCGCCAUCGAUGUGGCCAGUUCCGACGAUCGCCAGUUUGCUCCAGUGUGUCGCGAUAUUUAUAAGCCAGGAGAGUGCCCGGCUCUUUCAGCGAAUGCCAGUGGAUGUGCCCGGGAAUGCUACACCGAUGCCGACUGUCGUGGAGACAACAAGUGCUGCAGCGACGGCUGCGGACAGCUGUGUGUGCAUCCUGCUCGUCCAACUCAGCCGCCCAGGACUCAGGCUCCAGUGGUCUCCUAUCCGGGCGAUGCCAGAGCCGCUCUGGAACCCAAGGAGGCGCAUGAGCUUGAUGUCCAGACAGCCAUCGGCGGCAUAGCCGUGCUGCGCUGCUUCGCCACCGGCAAUCCAGCCCCGAAUAUCACCUGGUCGCUCAAGAACUUGGUGAUCAACACGAACAAGGGACGAUAUGUGCUGACCGCCAACGGUGAUCUGACCAUUGUCCAGGUGCGCCAAACAGACGAUGGCACCUACGUCUGCGUGGCCAGCAAUGGUCUGGGAGAACCCGUGCGUCGUGAGGUCGCCCUCCAGGUUACAGAACCCGUAAGUCAGCCAGCUUACAUCUACGGAGACAAGAACGUUACUCAGAUCGUGGAGUUGAACCGUCCGGCAGUGAUCCGCUGCCCGGCCGGUGGCUUCCCAGAGCCGCAUGUCAGCUGGUGGCGCAACGGACAGAUGUUUGGCCUGAAGAACAACCUGAUGGCCCGCGACUACUCGCUGGUCUUCAACUCGAUCCAGUUGUCGGAUCUUGGCCUCUACACCUGCGAGGUGUACAAUCAGAGGCGUCCGGUCUCGCUGCGCGUUACUCUGAAGGCGGUGGGUCCUGUCCGGCCUCUGAGUCCCGAGGAGGAGCAAUACAUGCAGUAUGUGCUCAAUCCGGCCACCCGUCCGGUGACCCAGCGACCCAGCUAUCCCUAUCGACCCACCCGACCGGCCUAUGUGCCAGAGCCCACAGUUAAUGUUCAUGCCGUGUUGGCUCUGGAGCCGAAGAACAGCUACACCCCAGGCUCCACCAUUGUCAUGAGCUGCUCCGUGCAGGGCUAUCCAGAACCGAAUGUCACAUGGAUCAAGGACGACGUGCCUCUGUACAACAACGAGCGUGUUCAAAUUACAUACCAACCACAUCGCCUGGUGCUGAGUGAUGUCACAUCCGCGGAUUCCGGAAAGUACACUUGCCGGGCCAGCAAUGCGUACACCUACGCCAAUGGAGAGGCCAAUGUGUCCAUUCAAUCUGUUGUACCAGUGUCGCCCGAGUGCGUUGACAAUCCGUACUUCGCUAACUGCAAGCUUAUCGUCAAGGGCAGAUACUGUUCCAAUCCGUACUACACCCAGUUCUGCUGCCGAUCCUGCACGUUGGCGGGCCAGGUGGCCUCGCCUCCUCUGCAUCCCAAUGCGGUGUAAUUCCACGGAGCGAGAUAGAGCAGAGUAAUUUUGUUUAGUUUUCGGAUUGAAUUGAGUUUAAACGCACCACACAAGAAUAAUUGGAUCGACAUUCGCGGACAUCCCAUCAUCCAAAAGCAGAGAGACCAAAAAGCCAAUCGUUGCUUAGCCAUAGCCACCAUAUAUAUACCUACAUAUAUAUAGCCUACCGAUCAAGAACGAACGAACUUCUAUUGUAGUAUUUUACUCUCUUCCAGGACAAAAGCAAAUAGUAUUAGUGAUUUUAUGUUUGUGUUCCUAUUUAUUCUUGAUAACGAGUAACCUUAAAUUCAAUCGAGGAAAGAAAAGCGGCUAAAACGAAUUUGCCUUCUACUUUUUAGUUUCUACGACAUUUCUGUGCAACGAGUAAAGCAUUUAAGCCUAAAAACCAAUAAUUGUAAAUAAAUUAAAACUACAUAAUAAAGAGUGCAUAUGUAUAAAAGAUU